AUGUCUAAACUACUUCAGUCGAUCCGCCGCCGCAGCUCCACGCAUCGGCCGAAACCCUCAUCCCCGCGUCGGCUUUAUGUCGUCUCCGACACGCCCGCCUUUGAUAGCGCCUCCAUCCGCCGUUUAGAGGCCGAGGGGUUCGCGGUUGAAUAUCUCCCUUUUCAGGCGCAAAGUGCAGAUGCCAACCGGGAUCGCAGGGAGCUAGAGCGCAUCCUCCAUGAACGAGAGGAUGACCUAGAGCCCGGAGAGAGGUAUGCGGUUAUGGCGUACAACCGCCCCGCAUAUCUCAUACUCCUCUCGCAUCACCAGCAAACGAGCACAAACCCCUUCCCGCGUCUCUGCGCGUUGGUUGCAUUCUAUCCAGACACCCCGGAAGCUGUGCUCAAGGAAUUGCCUUCGCAGCCCCGGCUUCCACCAUCAACAACAGCGGCAUCGACCUCGAAUUCCGCCGCAUUUGAAACACUCCCGGUGCUCCAGAUCCAGAUCCACCUGGCCGGAUCCCAGAACCAGUGCUCCGCGCUCUGGGACGAUACUAACAAGCGGCACCGCUGCCAUUUGCAUUUCUACCCAGAGUCCGAGCCAGGAUUUGCCGAGUACCACUCAUCCCCAGUCUACGACCGCGUUAGCUCACGGCUGGCAUGGAGUCGAGCAUUGGAGUGUUUGAAAUUCGGGUUUGGGUGGCCUGGCGGUGGGGGUAAUUGGGAGGCGCCUGAGCCAGAACUUGUGUGGGAAGGAUAUUGGCGGAAUAUAUAUGAAUCAGCGACUCGGCAGUUCCAGCCCACUUCAACGCCGGACAUGCUCCAUUUGAUGGUUGGCGGGGGCGCCGGGGAUCCUGAUUUCGACCAGCAGGCAAGUGUGAAUUGUCUUCCUUCUGGCAUUGGAGGAUCGUCACCAACCGAUAUUGCAUCCUUCUAUUCCUCAGAGUUUAUCCCGUCCGGUCCACCCUCUCAGCAUAUUCGGCUGCUUACUCGCACCGCGGGCCCAGACCGUGUUGUGGAUGAGCUCCUGCUCACCUUUGAACAUACGGAGGAGAUACCAUGGUUGCUACCCGAUGUGCCGCCAACUGGGCGCUUUGUCCGUAUUCCCAUCGUUAUGACGGCCAACUUCUUAGCCGGAAAGAUCGCCCGGCACAAUAUUUACUGGGAUCAAGCAAGCGUACUGGUGCAGAUUGGACUUUUAGACCCCUGUCUUAUCCCAUCUGGAUUUAAUACCAUAGGACCGAAUCGCGAGGGAAAUAGCGCCGUUGAACGAAUGCCAGUUGUGGGCGAGGAAGCUGUUGAGCGCGUUCUCACUUGA